UAAUACUUGGACAGAAUGGUAAUGAAAACCACAAUCUUGCCAAUUUCCGAGAAAUCUUUUGGCAAAGUAAUGAUUUAUAUAUGGAUGUGGUUCUAAAGUAAACAUUUUUAGGUAUACACUUAUCUGAAACAUGACAAAUUACAUAUAAAUAUGUGUUAAAGGCAUUGUAAUAAAGGAAGAAACGUAAGAAAGAUUCUUUUACAUACAACAUGGAUUUCGUUAUAUUGGUACCAGCGAUGAUAGCAGUAAUAUUAAUUCAAUCGUCAACAUCAACCCCUAUUGUAAAGAAGACGUUUGAUUCGCUCUGUGAAAGUGUAUGGGACCCAAUAUGUGGAUCUGAUGGUAGAACAUACCAUAAUAGAUGUUACUUAGCUUUAAAUCCUUACGUCAGCUUCGUGCACCAAGGGAGAUGUCGAUGUACUCAUCUAUAUCAACCUGUAUGUGGUGUUAAUGGAAUCACUUAUAGAAACGACUGUGUUCGCGAUUUAAAUGGAGUAAACUUAGCCUAUGUAGGAACGUGUAUACUAAGCUGUUCCACGGAGUAUUUACCUGUCUGUGGUGUCGAUGGACAAACAUACUACAACAAGUGUUAUUUAAAAGCUGUGGGCGUUGGGUGUGCUUAUGAUGGAAAGUGUGUCCAGCAAUGUCCAAGUGAAUACGACAUUGUCUGUGGCACUGAUGGCCUUCUUUACGUCAAUGACUGCCAUAGGAAAAUGAAUGGAGUUGGUUUAGCAGACAUGUCACUAUGUAAAGAUAAAUGUUCAUUAGAGCUGGUCCCUGUAUGUGGAGUGGAUGGAAGAACCUAUGACAAUGACUGUAUCAGACAAGCAGCUGGAGUUCAGUUAUCAUCAAAAGGGACAUGUCCAGUUAUCUGUACAGAUGAGUAUUCCCCAGUUUGUGGUGUAGAUGGCAACACAUAUGACAACGAUUGUAAAAGACAAAAUGCUGGAGUUCAGUUAGCGUCAGCAGGGGCAUGUCCAGUUAUCUGUACAGAUGAGUAUUCCCCAGUUUGUGGUGAUGAUGGCAACACAUAUGGCAAUGAUUGUAAAAGACAGAAAGCUGGAGUUCAGUUAGCGUCAGCAGGGGCAUGUCCAGUUAUCUGUACAGAUGAGUAUUCCCCAGUUUGUGGUGUAGAUGGCAACACAUAUGGCAAUGACUGUAAAAGACAAAAAGCUGGAGUUCAGUUAGCUUCAACAGGGACAUGUCCAGUUAUCUGUACAGAUGAGUAUUCCCCAGUUUGUGGUGUAGAUGGCAACACAUAUGGCAAUGACUGUAAAAGACAAAAAGCUGGAGUUCAGUUAGCUUCAACAGGGACAUGUCCAGUUAUCUGUACAGAUGAGUAUUCCCCAGUUUGUGGUGUAGAUGGCAACACAUAUGGCAAUGACUGUAAAAGACAAAAAGCUGGAGUUCAGUUAGCUUCAACAGGGACAUGUCCAGUUAUCUGUACAGAUGAGUAUUCCCCAGUUUGUGGUGUAGAUGGCAACACAUAUGGCAAUGAAUGUAAAAGACAGAAAGCUAAAGUUGAACUAGCAUCAACGGGUGAAUGUAAGAAGUCGUGUACAAAUGAUUUUAAUCCUGUAUGUGGUAGUGAUGGCUUAACAUAUAUGAAUCAAUGUUGGCUGAAAGAAGCUGGCGUAGAUGUAAUAUCACAAGGCGAAUGUCCCAAAUGUCCUAGCACAAUGAAUCCAGUCUGCGGGGCUGAUGGGAAAACAUAUGAUAAUGACUGCUGGCUGAAAGAAGCUGGCAUAUCCUUUCAUCAUCAAGGGGAAUGUUGCAAAGGUUACAAACCAGUAUGUGGUGUUAAUAACAGAACUUUCAACAAUGAAUGUGAGCUGAAUCUCAAAGGCAUUGCGAAACAGUAUGAUGGAGUAUGUUUGGCUAAAUGAUAACACUUAUCUGAGAAGAUUUGGAUGAAAUAGAAUAUUAUAUUGUCUCCGUUGGAAGAAGAAGAACCUGCUUUGCAGCCAGUGAAAUAUGGAAUAUCUUAUGUCAGUUAGAAAUCCAGAUUCAUCAUUUAAUUUUGUAUUGAACUACUUCUAUUUUAUAUCUAAUUUGUAUUGUUAUUUUUUAAAUAAAGACUUUUUAAUGUUGAA